CCUAAACAAACCCAUCAAUAUCAAUAACAUAAAUCCAGUUCUCAGUUCAGGAGACGCCGGCUGAUUUGUUUAGAUACAUACGUUUUCCGUAUUUGGAAUGGAGAAGGGGAAAGGAGUGGCGGCGAUGGGCCGAAGAUGGGCAGUCGAAUUCACAGACAAUUCAACCGCUCCUUCCUCUAGGGACGUCCCUGAUCCCCCCGGUUUCUCGCGCGCCUCUUCCGAUCAGGAUGAUUCGGCAGUGACUCGCCAGAAGAAGGAUGCCGAAGCCAAUUGGAAAACUCAGAAAGCAUGGGAAGUGGCACAAGCCCCUUUCAAAAAUUUGCUCAUGAUGGGCUUCAUGAUGUGGAUGGCGGGAAAUACAGUGCAUUUGUUCAGCAUUGGCAUUACAUUUUCAGCUCUUUGGCAACCUAUAAGUGCUCUUCAAGGAGUUGGGAAAGUUUUUGAGCCUUACAAGGACAAUAAAGUGGACCUUCUUGCGCCCAAACUGCUGUUCAUUGCCCUUAAUCUAGGAGGCUUAGCACUAGGUGUAUGGAAACUUAACACGUUGGGUCUUCUUCCAACCCACGCUUCAGACUGGGUUUCAUCCUUGCCCCCUGCUCAGGAGGUCGAGUAUUCAGGCGGUGGUGUGACUUUCAUUUAAGGUGCUUUCUGCAAGGAUUACCUUCAGAGAAGAUUAAAGCUACCAAUAAUGGUAGGCAAAGGGAACUUCAUAGACCAGAAUGGCAUUGCUUGCAGCUGAUUGCCACCUGAUAAUGGGAAGCAUCUUGGCAUGGUUUUGGACAUUUAGUUUGAUGGACAAUAGAACUCUUGUUAUCAUUCUGGUAUUUAUGAGCCUCAAGUGUCUUCAGUUGCCCACGGAUUAUUGUUUUGACUUAUGUGUCGCACUGUUUCAUUUAACAAAAUAUUCUAUCUGGGUAUUUAAACGAAGUUACUUGGAGACUAUUUGGUACAA